AUGGUACGCCACGGGAAAGUCGGCAAUGGGGACAAGCCAUAUCAGCUUCAUCUCUUGGUCAUAGGCGCCGGUCUCGCCGGCCUUUCAGCAGCAAUAACCGCAAGCCUUGAAGGCCACCGCGUCAGCGUGCUCGAGAAAGUAUCGCAACUUCAGGAGGUAGGUGCCGGUCUUCAAGUGACGCCAAACGCGACGCGCCUGUUGAAACGCUGGGGUCUUUUCGAGGAGCUACGCAAACGUGCCGCUGCGCCGUCAUCCUUGACUGUUCGCCGGUACGACGGUAGUGUUGUGCUCGCGCAUGAGGACAACUUUCAAGAGAAGAUGCAGGAGAAGUACGAUGCGCCCUUCUGGGAUCUCCACAGAGCGGACUUGCAGACAGCUCUCGUGGGCCGAGCAAUCGAGCUUGGAGUUGAGAUCCGACUCGAUUCCGAGGUGAUUGAUUUCGACUUACCCGCAGCGACGGUGAUGUUAAAAGGGGGGAAUUGGAGCGUCUUCAUGCAGAAAAAAAUACUCCCGAGCCCGACCGGCGAUCUCGCCUGGCGUAUCAUCCUCAACCUGGAAGACCUAAAAGACCCGGAGCUCGUUGAGUGGGUGUCGAAGCCGACGGUCAAUUUCUGGAUUGGGCCCUACGCUCACGCGGUAGGCUACUCGCUCAAGGACGGGAAGCAAUUCAAUCUCGUCCUGCUCUCGCCCGAUGAUCUUGAGAAAGACUUGAGCAGAGCGGAGGGCAACCUUGAUGAGAUGAAAAAAUUAUUUACAGCGUGGGACCCAAUCUUGAUGAAGUUCCUUAAUUGCGUGCAAAGUGUGGACAAGUGGAAAUUGAUGCACUGUCCCACGCUCGAAAAGUGGAGCAAUGAGAAGGGGAAUUUUGUCAUGGCCGGCGACGCCUGCCACCCGAUGCUUCCCUACCUUGCCCAGGGCGCCAACUCUUCCCUCGAGGACGGCGCCGUACUCGGGCGCCUCCUUGGCCACGUCGGACACCCCGCCGGUGUUCCUCACGCCAUUAAGCUCUACGAAAACCUGCGGAAGGAGAGAAGCCGCACCAUUGCGCUUGAGACGUUCAAGCAGCGCGAGGCUUUUCACUUGCCUGACGGCGAGGCGCAGCGACAUCGCGACGCCGCUUUCGCCUCCGCCAUAAUCAGCGGGCCCACGCCCGCCUUCAGUAGCCGUUGGACCUGUCCAACCUUUCAGCCCUGGCUUUAUGGCUAUGAUGCGUAUGCUGAGGCCGACCGAGCAUUUAAGAUGACGAAGCAGUAA